CCCUCCCGCUGUCCACGCUGCCGUGAGGUGGAGCGGCCCCGGGACAAUGAAGGGCUCUGGGUUUUUGCUUUCAGGGGGGAUUUUUGGGGGGCUGAGCGAGGUCUGGGUGGGCAGAGGAGGGAGAAAAGGCCCUGUGUGCCCCCAGCCCCGAGGUGGAGUGCAAGGCUGCCCGCUUUGCCAUACUGAAGGAGCAGCACGCCGUGACCGGCGACGUGAUGGCCUUCGAUGGCUCCAUCCUCUUCCUGCCCAUCCAGAUCCCCAAGGUCAGCCUGAAGGCUCAGAACAGCAGCGACGGGGAGGAGAUCAUCAUCAACAUCCAGAUGACCAAAAUCCUGGAGCCCAGCUCGGAUCUCUGCACCCCCUUUUACAACGUGGUGUUCCGCAGGGUGAUGAAAAUCUUAAACAUGAGUUUGGUUGGGAGACAUUUCUUUGAGCCUGCCCAGGCCACCACCCUACAGAAAUACAGCCUCCACAUCUGGCCAGGAUACGCCGUCAGCAUCCGGAGGAAGGACGGGGGGCUCUUCCUCAUGGUGGACGGCAUCCACAAGAUCAUCCGCAGCGAGUCCGUGCUGAGCGUGAUGCAAACCAUCCACUCGCAGAACCAGAGGACGUUCCAGGACGAGUGCACCAAGCAGCUGGUGGGGAGCGUGGUCAUGACUCGCUACAACAACCGCACCUACCGCGUGGACGACAUCGACUGGGACAAGACCCCCAAGGACACCUUCACGCUGGCCAGCGGGCAGGAGAUCAGCUUUGUGGAGUACUACAGCAAGACCCACGGGAUCACCAUCAGGGAACUGGACCAGCCCCUGCUCGUCCACAAGCCCAAGGAGAAGCAGACACCAGAGGGGAGGGUGAGCCAGGCACAGAGAUCCAUGGACUGCUCUGGGAUUCUCCAGCCCAGAGAGAUCCACGGGUUCCUCCAGCCCAGAGAGACCCAUGGGCUGCUCUGA